GGCCUAGUGUGCGUAUAAAGCUACUCGGAGGUUCUUUGUAUGUAAAUAGGGUGUAAAAAAGGCCCUCCCCAUCUUUGUAAUUAAUUGACACGUUAUACCACUCAUCAUGUUCUGAAGCACCAAUGGUAGAGGCUCGGAUCUCCCCAAAACCCACAAUUUCACAUCUGCAAACACUGUCUUCAUCCACUUGACUCCUAAGACCCGCCCACACGUGGCCAACCUUUUGCGUUUUUAAUGCUUUUUCACUGCAGGUUCAUGCGUUGAGACCAACCUUAUAUGGACUGAUCGGACCGGUAAUGGCUUAUUUCCCUCUAGCACCCAGCAGUAGCACAGUAUCCAUGAGCCAGAUAUAGCACUUCUGCCACUUUGGCAUUCUUCCUGGACUUACAGAACAGAAUCCACUGCUACUUGGUUAGGCAAUGGUUAUCGACAGUGGCUCGUGAUUGGGUUUGACUGUAGUUCAACGCAGACGGUGACAGAGUGAUCCUUUUUUCUCCAGAAACAUCGCUUUUUGUUGUCUAUUUAAAAAAAAAAGCAAAGAAAGAAAAAACAUCGGAUUGUUGUGAAACUGGUUUGUAGCAACUUUUUCUUGCAUUUAUUUCCCCUGAAUAUGUCGUUGACCAACACAAAGACGGGCUUUUCUGUAAAGGACAUUUUGGAUCUCCCUGACACGAAUGAUGAAGAAGGAUCUAUCACCGGAGCGGAGGAAGAUACGGAGGGAUCAGAGACAGCUUCCACGACGAAAAACAGUGGAGUUUUGGUGCAGAGUCCGCUCGAUAGCGUCCAGAAUCUACCUUUAAAGACCCCUUUUUACGACAGUAGUGACAAUCCUUACACGCGAUGGCUUGCCACUACGGACAGUAUUCAAUAUUCAUUGUUUCUCCUUUGCGCAGUGCACGGUCUGUCGGCCAGCAGCCAGGACUCCGCCAAGUCCCCGGAACCGUCUGCGGACGAGUCGCCGGACAACGACAAGGAGACUUCAAGCAACGGGAGCGACUCCGGGAAGAAGCGCAAGAGAAGAGUUUUGUUUUCCAAGGCGCAGACAUACGAACUUGAGCGCCGCUUUAGACAACAGAGGUACCUCUCCGCUCCGGAGAGGGAGCACCUCGCGAGCUUGAUUCGCCUGACACCGACCCAAGUGAAAAUUUGGUUCCAGAAUCAUCGGUACAAAAUGAAGAGAGCCCGCGCCGAAAAAGGGCUUGAGUUGUCUUGUAUAGCCACCACAAUCCGCUCCAGUCAGGUGGGCUGGAUGGGCCACGGAGGCACCGCUCGCGCUCCCAGAGUUGAGUGUUUAUGCCUUUCACUAAAUGGAUUGUCUCACCUUCUUCACAAGAUGAACACCAGGUGCUUGAGAUGCCACCACUGCAGAUGCAUCCUGGGGCUUUGAGCUCAGUAAUGAACCAUCAUCCAGACAUGCUUCAAUCAAAUCAUUUCCCCCGGAUGAUGGGAGCAAGGACAAUGUGUGAGCAUCGCGUUACCAAAUCAAGUCACCACGACUUCCUGCGUGAAGAGGAUGUAGAAUAUGUAUUACCUGGCUGCGCCCGUCACCGACUCUUGAUGUGCUUGUGGUGUGUGAUGAAUCUGUGUGUCUCUAAUUAGGAGGUUAGAUGCAUAAGUCCCAGUUUGCUGUUUUGUUUUGUGUGGUCCUUCCUGUUUCCUAAACCAAUUCAUACGCGCUCUAUUAAUAAAGAUGCCAGCAUCUCAUCUCGUUCGCCAGACACCAGGUCAUAAUGCGCCUCGAUUUACCUCACUGUUAUUGACUCUCGACCGCUGGCGACUUGGAGAUUCACUCCCAAAAACGUAGACGAGUCAACCAUAUCCCAGAUUGAGGUUGUUGUUGAUUUAGUUUAGUUUUGUACAUUUCUUUUUUAAAACAUACGCAUUUAGGGACAUCAUGUUAAAGUGUUCAUUUGAGACAAAGGGUCAAAAUCACUGGGAUGAUAAACAGGCCUGCAUCCUAAAAUGAAAAGCAGUUUGUUUCAUUUUAAUCAUUAUUGUGAACCAGUGGGACAGGUCAAGCGUGUCCAGCUUUAUGCUGAAUGCUGUGGAGGGUAUGACAUGGAUCAAGACUGGCAUUGUAGUCCGAAGCAUAAGGCCCCAACCCUCAUAUGAAAUCGGUGUUCAAUAUGUGUCCCUCUUACCUGUAUUGAUGAAUCUGAACACAUUAAUGUACGAUUACUAAUUGCUUCCUUCUCAUAUAUUUGAUGACAUAGUUGUCAUGCUUAGCACAUUGUGAAGAGACCAAUACAAUAAAGUACAGAUUGAUUUAACAAUAAUGUAAAUCCUGAUAUUUUAAAAGCAAUCUUUGGGGAAUGACGUGAAAUUAGCUGACUUUCUGCGACUGGUUACAUUAUGACAAUUUACAUUAUGACACAUACAUACAUACAUACAUACAUACAUACAUACAUGCAUACAUACAUACAUACAUACAUACAUACAUACA